AUGAAUGACGGUGAGAAGGGGGCGGUGAAGACGUCGAGGAUGAGUCUGAAGGAAUUGAUCGCUCGGGGGGGCGAGUUGGCGCCGAGGGGGGGAGGGGGGUUCACGAAUGAGAGCGAGUACUUUCACACGUAUAGGGCGUUGGUGCGGUGUCGGCGCUUGCACGACGCGGUGGAUCUGUUGAGGCACAUGCGAGGAGCCGGGGUGAGGAAUCUCGGUGCGAGAGUGUCGCACAGAGAUUUCUUCAGGGCCUGUCGAAGCUUAAAGGUGGUGUCGGUUGGGUUUGAGUUCUUGGAGGUCAUCGAGAGCACCGAUAUCCGCCCGUACAACAUGCUCGUGCACGCGUGCGCCCAGGCUGGGGACAUCAAGGCGGCGUUGUUGGCGAGCAAGACGAUGUGGAACGCGGGAUUUAGACCAGAUCUUCACGCGUACACUACCCUGAUCUCCGCGUGCUCCAAGGGUGGAGACGUCGAACGAGCGUUUGAGGUGUUUGAGGAAAUGAAAAAAACGGGGCUUGAGCCCAACGCGCAGACGUACGCGUCUCUCAUCGACGCCAUCAAGCGAGAGAUCUCGGUGACCGUCGCGGGAUCAAAAAAGCGAAGAAUAGAUGACGACAGUGUGCGCGCUUCCUUAGACAGAUGCUUCGAGGUGUACGAAGACAUGAAGAAGAACUCUGUGAAGGCGGAUAUCGCGAUGAUGAACAGCUUGCUCAACGCGUGCUCACGCGUUGCUGCGGCGCCGAACCUUCGCAAGAUCUCCUGCGAGAGAGCAGAAGCAGUUCGCGCAGACAUUGUCGCGCAGGGUCUCAAGUUAGAUUCAUACGCGUACGCGUCCCUCAUCUGCUGCGCCGUGGCGAGCGAAAACUAUAUCAAGGCUUUCGAGUUGUACGAUGACAUGCUCGACAGCGGCGUCUCCGCCACAGCCGAGGUGUACACGGUGAUGAUCCGAGCCUACGGUAUCUUGGGAGAGGUCCAAAAGACGAAGGAUCUCUGGGAAAAGAUGCUGGAGAGCGGCGUGAAGCCCGACCAGAUGGCCUACGCGACGAUGAUGCGCAUCGCGCUCUUGGAUAACGACGAGGACUUUGCGGAUGACUUGAUGGCUUCCAUGAGGAUGAAUCGAGUUCGCCCAGGCGCUGAGCUGUACGUCAUCCUCACUGGUGUUGCCGCGCGACAAGGCGACGCUACUAAGAUUGAAGAGAUCUUGUUGACGGCGAAAAAGCGAGGCAUCACCCCUCCGAUUGAGUGCUACAACUCUCUCGUCGCCGCGCACGCGCGCGCAGAUCGGCCAGAUCUGGCCAUCAAGGCGGUGGAGAAACUCGAAAAGGCUGGGUUUGAACCCGAUGCAAUCACGUACGAAGGUUUGAUCUUUGCUCACGCGUGGUCGAGAGACUACGAGGAGGCGAAGAGAAUCUUUGAGAGACUCGUCGAGACGGGCAUGCGCCCGACGUUCCCCACCAUGAACUGUCUCGUGGCUUGCGAGGCGCGAAGAGGACACUUCGACGAGGUGCAGAGCAUCAUCGACAUGAUGCAUGAGUAUGGCUACGAGGACGAUGAAAUGACUUUGCGCGAGCUUCUCGUAGGAUACGCUCGUGCGGGAGACAUUGAAUCGGCUUGGAGGGUGUACAAGGAGUCGCGCGCUGUCGGCAAGGUGAACUCCGAGCGCGCGCUCAACACCAUACUCGGCCAGACGUUAGUGCACAUUAGAAGCCUCACGAAGUUGAAUCGCGGGAGUCAAAGUCGCGCAGAACUCGGUUCGUACGACGAGGGAGGGAAUUACGUCGCCCAAGAGUGGGCUGAACGAGCCGUGUCUGCGUUCCAUGAGGCCACCGUGGCUGGCAUCGUACCCCGCGUUGAGACCUUCUCCACGAUGCUGGCGUGCUUGCGUCCGCCGUCGACGAAUGAACAGAAUGCGUCCGAUUACAGCGAGGUCGCGCGCGCCGUGAGCCACGAGAUGAGUUCGCACGAAGACGCCGCCAGAUAUUAUCCAUCACAAGCGCUCAUCAUGUACGAGGAGGCUCAAAGCUUGGGCAUCGUUGCUCCGUUCAGUCGUACCGAAGAUUUCGUCUACGAUAUUCGAGAGUUCCCGCCCGCAGCCGCUGAAGUCAUGUUACUCACAUGGUUGCGAGUCGUUCGCCGUCUAACUGAUGCAAACGGCAUCGAUACGGAGAUUCCAACGUUGACCAUUCGAGUGCGGGACGACACCGAGGUCUUGAGAAUGCUCAAGGAGGAACACGUCGAAAAGAACGAUCGUGCGCUUGCUCGUUUGUGCCAAACGGGAGAACGCGUACUCGUCUUGCUUCGGCGUUUACGCUUCAACUACGGCGGUGGCUUAGAGCAGGGAUCAAUAGAGUUGAGUGGCAACGCCGUCAGUCGUUGGUUGAGAGGUUACGCUCCACAAGAAGAACCAAGGGCAAACCUGUUCGGAGAGAACUCUCUCUCCGGGGGUGUAAGGAGCCAAGCCAUGCGCAUUCGCUCGAACACGUAUGGUGAAUCAAAUGACGACGAUGUAUGGACGCCAUCAAAGAUGAGAACUCCCUCUUUCAACAUCUACGACUACUACGGCGAUGACAAGGAUGAUGACGACUUCGGCGCAAAGCCGUACUUCCCGAAGAACUGGGUGCAGAGCACCUCCAACGACGUAUCAAGCUACGACGAAGAUGACGACGACAUCAAGGAUCUCGAGCGAAUCCUAGAAGAUCGCAAAUAA